AAUGCUGUUAUGGUAAUAUAUUCAUUUAUGACAAGAAAAAAAAAACUGGGAUACAGUGUUUGAGAAGAAAUCACGAAAUAGCGGUGAGUCGUAAUUGCUUAGUGGGUCAUCCUCAUAUUCCUAUACUUACAACGGCAAGUGAGUCCAAUGUCCUGAUAUGGAUGCCUUCGAACAAGAAAAAUUCAACAUCAUUUAGGAAUUUCUAUCUUCGUGAUUUCCGAGACUUGAAUAAUUCUACCAACGAUGACGAUGAUGACGAUUAGGAAAACAGCUACGCAGAUUCAAGCAGAGUUUCAAGAGGUUCAUGGCACAUCUACUCCUUCAUUACCAACCAUCAGUUUUUGGGUAAACGAAUUUAAGCGUGGUCGUACUAACACCGACGAUGAACCACGCAGUGGACGCCCGAAAACUGCUACCAACGAAGAAAUGGUCAAUAAUGUGCUCAAUAUUGUCAUGAGUGAUCGUCGUUUGAAGUUGCGUGAGAUAGUAGAAAUGCGCAACCCACGAGAAUUUUUUGUCGAUAUGUGGACGAAACAUGGGUUCACCAUUACACACCCGAAACAAAACAACAAUCAAAACAAUGGACUUCAUCUAGUGAAUCGAUCCCGAAGAAAGCCAAGUUAGUUCCAUCGGCUAUAGGAAGAUCACGGCCACCAUUUUUUGGGAUUCUAAAAGGAUCAUCCACAUCGACUACUUAGAUAAGGGAAAAA